UGUCCUUCUGAGCUGUGAAGUAUUUAAGAGCGACGUAAGAUUUGAGCAAUCCUCCACAUUCUCAUGCUCACACACAGGGAACAUAGACAAGAAAUUAUCAUAGUCAGGUUUAUCCAAGAAAAAAUAAAAUGAAAGCGAUUUUCGGACCAGUUCUUUUCCAUUUACUCCUGUUCUGUGCAGCCCCGACAUUUGGUGUCCGGAUCCAGUCAGUCCCUGCAGUCACCAGUGACGGUGUUAUUCAGACAGAGCUGGAACGGACCGUGUCUCUGGUUUGUCAGCUUGACGCCGGCCACGAAACUCCGGUCGACGAUGAGCUGGUGUGGCUGAGGAAUGGCCAAGCCGUCAGUCUGACAGAAGGAAAUAAGAAGGGUCGAAGCAGCGUGUGCGUUACACCCAUCAUCUAUAAAGAUAAUGGGGCUACUUUCACCUGCCACCUGAGCAAAAACGUCACAGUUACGGCCUCAGUCACACUGAAUGUCACAUAUCACCCACAGCUCUCUGGCUUGGAGGAAGUUGAAGUAGAAGAAGAGGCAGAGCUCGUCCUGCGGUGCGACAGCUGGGCCAAUCCACCUGUCUCCUCUCUGUCUUGGACACUGAAUGGAAGCGUGGUGGAUCUAACAGUAGGUCGAUUCUCGUUGACCAAUGACGGCUGCACGAGCCAGCUCAGCGCCAACCUGGUGGAGAAAGGCUUGCAUGAGGGCACUUAUCAGUGCAUAGCGACGUCUCCCAUCUACGGCGAAAGCAGCAGGCAAUUCAGAGUCACAGUGACAGAAAAGACAUUGAAGCUCCCGCUGUAUCCCAUAAUAGCAGGAGUAGUGGUGGUGUGCCUCACCGGGCUCCUUGCUGUUGUUUCACGGUGGACUAAAAUAUCAAAGUGCUGCAGGUAGGGUGUCCAGGCUGACAUGACCAGUACAACAACCCAAAUUAGAGCAUGGUGUCAUCUGGCAAUUUUAAACCACUUUUUGGACCUCGCGUUGACUGCUUUUACUGGAAGAUUCGGCUCUGGUUUUCUCUAGUUCACCGAAUAAGAGAAGCCAUGAAGAUAUCAAAACUUAGUUUGUAGUUAAUUUUGCAUGCAUGAGACUGUGAUGAGCCAUGAAUUCUAUCCUAUUUUCCUCUUUUUUUAAGGAAUAUUUUGUCAUUUUCUUUCACAAAAUUUUUGCCUGUUGCUGUUGAUUGUUGCUUCCACACUGAGCAUUUGAAGAGCAAUUGCACUCUCUUACAGAGUGUGUUUGUUAAAUAUAAUAGAGAAGAACAAUUGCACAUUUCUGGUGUAAAACCACAAAAUGCAUGUUUUGCGCUGGUUGAAGAAGAUAGUUCUAUUACAAACUUUAAGUCCUCAAAGUUAUCAUUGUCCAUUGUAUCAUCUUUAGGUUAAACCAGAAAGAUCCGUAAAAUGUUCAAUAUGACCUUCAAAUAAUCGUUAGACGUAUUACUUUUCAUAUUGUGAUGCACUUCUGCCUGUUUCUUGUUAUCAACUUUGCAAUACAAUUUGCAAUUGUUUUCUUGACAUUGUGAUCUGUAGUUGUGACAUUAGCACUGAACUUUAACUUCUGACUCAUCAAUGUAAUAAACACUUUAAAAUCAGGUUA